AUGUCCUCUUCUUCGAGUGAAGUCAGACUUUCGAAUGACAUCAAAAAGGAAAAUGUAAGGCAAGCGGACACAUAUGGGUCCUCUUCGCCAAAUCACGAGCGCAUCAAACUGUUGGCUCUUGACACCACAGUGGGGAUGCUCGCAGGGCAACAGCCGUUGUCACCUAUGGAACGCGCGACUCCUCUGGCGGAUUCAGUCGCAGCGCAUACCGACCUCCUCACGAGUGCAGCGGUAGCUGCUGCGACUUCUUCGCUUGCUUUUUCUCCUGAGCAAGUGGCGUGCGUCUGCGAGGCUCUUCAGCAAGGUGGCAAUGUGGACCGCCUCGCUAGGUUCCUUUGGUCACUCCCGCAAAGUGACUUGCUGAGGGGCAACGAAAGUAUCCUUAAAGCCCAAGCAUUGGUGGCUUUCCAUCAGGCACGGUACCAGGAACUCUACAGUAUAUUGGAGAACCACAGUUUCAGCCCGUCAUGUCAUUCUGCCUUGCAAGACCUAUGGUACAAGGCUCGGUACACGGAGGCGGAGAAGGCGCGGGGUAGACCACUGGGCGCCGUGGAUAAGUACCGCCUGCGGAGGAAGUAUCCGUUGCCCCGGACGAUCUGGGACGGCGAAGAGACGGUAUACUGCUUUAAAGAGCGGUCAAGGAACGCACUGAAAGACCUUUACAAACAGAACCGAUAUCCGUCUCCCGCGGAGAAGAGGAAUUUGGCCAAAAUUACAGGACUGUCCCUCACGCAGGUCAGCAACUGGUUCAAAAAUAGGAGACAACGGGAUAGAAACCCGUCCGAGGCGCUGUCGAAAAGUGAAUCUGAUGGGAACCAUAGCACAGAGGAUGAGUGCAGCAAAGGACAGGAAGAGGUGUCUCCACGUCCAUUAUCCUCCUCCUCAGAUGGGGUGGUGUCCCAUGUACCCCUCGCCCUCUCCUCCUCUGGUGCCUUGGAGGGCACAGUGGUCAUCCAGCAGAUCGGCGAUAUCAAAAUGCCUUCAACCAGCAGCGUGCCCUGUUCUGGUGUGGUCUUUAACGGAAACCUUGGGGUAUCUGCCAGCCUCUCAACCACCGCCUUCCACAACGGCACCUCAGCUUACCUCCCAUCACAAGGAAACAUCCUCUUCAAUGGGCUGAACCUUGGACUGCAGUCAUUAGGUCCUAGGUCUGGCACAGGAGUCUUGCUAGGUGGAUCAACAGUGGAUGGAGCUGCAGUGGAGAAAGAAUUAAACGGUUCAGCAGGAGGAACAGACCCUGCCCUGUCAUACCCCUCCUUCCAGAGCAAUAUGAAUGGGACAGGGGUGGAAGUUAAGAUGGAAGGGAUGACCCAGAACGCUGUGGCCCAGGAAAAAGACUCAUCAUCGUUGCUUGCCUACUCGUCUGCCCCCUCUGGAGUGCUGCAUUUGGGUGGGUACAGCUUGGUACCUAUGCUAGGUGGGGUUACAGAUAGCAAUGGAGUGCCACUAGUCGGUGGGAACAUUGGACUUCCAUCUCUGCAGCUCCCCUCUUCUUCCUCACCUUCUUCACUGUCACAAGGUGGGUCAUCUUCCUAGGCUGUUUCACUGACCAGCAUAGCAGUUAGCUCUGCUGACUCUCUCUGCAACCUCCAGUCCCAACACCAGGAUAGGCUGACCCUGGCUCCCCUGCAGCCCAGUACGGUUCUCUACAACCUGGGUAACCCACAAACACCAACCCCUAUCAAACAGGAACCCCUUGAGGUUGGAGAGGAAGAAAAUGGUGGAGCUUAUGCCUACAAUCCAGUUGUCCACCUCCAACAAAGUGGGGAACUAAUCUAUACUUCCACACCUUUAAACUCUAACUCCACCCCAACUCCACCACCCUCUUCCCACAGUCCGUCUGAAGUUACCACAGCAACCACCUCCCAGGUCUACACCACCCUAACAGUCAGCACACCCCUCUUGGUGCAGACAGACCCGACUAGACUCCAUCAUGCAGUUGGUGAGUAUGGAGGUCACAACCCUCAGCUGACCCCCUCAGAACAUGUGCUCGCCCCAGCCCUAAACAGAGACUUCCUGUCUGAGGUUUCAGAAGGAGAAAAGGUGGAUGCAGGUGAGGUUAAUGACAUGAUGAGGGUAAUGUGUGAAGAAAUGGAAGCUGCUGAAGAAAAAGAGCUAGCCAAACUACAGACAGUGCAUAUGGACGAGGAUAUUUCUAAUAUGUGA